AUGACUUUAAAGUGUCUGUCACGCAUAUUCCAUUGGAAGAAAGCCGAGCGUGUGGUGCACGUGUGUGACUUAACCAAAGGCUCAGACAGUCAUUUGCCGAGGCUAGCACCGAAUGCACAAUACUCGGCACGUCUUAAAAGACGACUGCAGAAAUUUCUUUUGGUCUCAUCGAAGCAUCCUCUGACGAGACUUCACUUGCGCAGCCAAGCGGCAAUAGCUUUCGAGAAACGUCGUCACGGCAUAUCUCGUCAUUGGUGGCUCAUUCAUCCAUGCAGUGACUUUCGAUUUGUUUGGGAUAUCAUCAUGAAAUUCACUUACCUCUAUAUGUUCUUCAUGAUACCCUACAUGAUUUCUUUUUACCGCUUGUCCAAAACCACAGCAGAAUCUACUGAUCAGUAUUUGAGAGUACUUACACCAAGCUACAUCGUAUGCCUUAUAGAUAUUCUUCUAAAUUUUCUCACGGGAUACGUUUCUCGCGACGGUCAUGAAAUAUUUCUCGAUCCGUUGCUCGUAUUAAAGUACGUUGUUUAAAAGCACUACGCAAAAAGCUUUUUCGUGGCAGACUUAAUCUCGUCCAUCCCUUAUACAUGGUUUUAUAAAGCACAUUUCGUAGAAGAAUCCACAAGCUCUAAUCUACAAAUCUACCUUUUGUUUUUGGAAUUGUUACCUUUAUUGAAAUUUUGUCGCAUAUGUACAGUACGGCAUUACAUCAAGGAGAUAGUUCUGGCUUUCGGAGCAUCGCGAGUUUACGAGCUUAGUAUAUGGACAUUUUGGAUGACGAUUUUGAUCUUUCAUUGGGCUGCCUGUCUCACAUAUGCAUUUCCAUUCAUCUAUGCUUACAUUAAAAAAAAUUCUUUAAAAAAAGCUGAAGGUCACUUGUUCAAGACUCAAUUACGAGAAAAAAGCGACUGGCUGAUCUACAUGACAAGUUUGCACAUUGGCGGUGGAAAUUUGUGCAACUAUAGCUAUAAUGAGUUCCAAUUUACAGAUUACCCCGAUAAAAUUACUCGAUGUAUUCUUCUUUUAUGUGGAAUGGCGUACUUUUUUUAUGCAAUCGUUAUAGUUUUACAGCUAGUUAAGUCGUCCGUUGAGCCAGAACUGAAAUAUCAAUCAAUAAUGCACGGAGUUCGGCAUUACAUCAACCAUAAAAAGCUACCAGAGAAAUUGAAAGAAAGACUGCUACAUUUUUACGAUCACAGAUUUCAAGGAAGCUUGUUUAAAGAAAAAGCUAUCACGUCGACACUUUCAAGUCACUUAAGACAUGAGAUUACUCAGCACAGUAGCAGAAUAGUGCUGGAAUCGAGUCCUUUAUUCAAUAAUGUGCCACGAAGCUUAUUGAACGGCAUUAUAGGUGCUCUCAAACAAGUCAUUUUCCUUCAAGAUGAUCUCAUCUACAAAUGCGGCACGCACGCAAAAUGCAUGUACUUCAUCGUCACCGGCACCGUUGCUAUAGUUAAUUGCUCGGGAGUAGAGAUUCAUCACGUGUGCGACGGUGAGUUUUUCGGAGAAUCAGCAUUGAUCUAUCCAGAGCACAAGCGUCUGGCUACUGCGAUUGCUUUGGAAGUGUGCGAAGUUCUGCGUCUUGAUCGCCGAGACUUCCAUAGACUCGUGACACCAAGGUCGGAAUUUUACGGCCGUCUGAAAGCUAUUGCUCAGCAACGAAUGCAACGUAUGGAGGAUGUUGAACGCGAGAAUCCUUCGAAAAACUUAAAUAAUUUAUCUUAGACUUAGUGCAUGUU